AUGGUUCGCAUGAGUAGCGAGCUUGAGACCAACAUCGUGUCAGUAGAGCGAGUCAAAGAAUUCUCAGAGACCCCAACUGAGGUAACAUUCUAUUAGGGUAGGAGAAAUAAAGGAAUAUUAAGAAUCUGCCAGUGAAUUCAGAUAUGGAAUUUAAGAAUUGCAUGAGUGAAUCAAUUAAGUUUGAAGGAGACGAACAACAGUUGGCUACAUGCUCUGAGAGGCUGUUGUAAUUCGUUAUUCCUGGUCUUUUGUUUUGAAGUUAUUAUCUGACUGAAUGAAACAAGAAAGUCAAAAAGUGAGUUUGCAUAAAUAAUGAAAUGAAGUUGGUAAUAAGUGGUCACUUAAAUAGCCAUUACACCAGCAUCCUCAAACUGUGACUAUAAACCAGCGAAAGGAAUAUUGAAACCUUUUCAAACUUGCUGUAUGUGUCAAAAGAUGUUCUAGAACUUGAAAGUACACCUAUGAAGUGAAUAUAUUUGGUUACUUUUUUAUCAUUAAUUUAUUUGAACUGUAUAUUUAUUUAUAUAUAUUUUUUCCACGCUGGGCUGCAGGCUGGGUGGAUCAUAUCUGAUAGUCGACCCCCUGAUGAUUGGCCCAAACAGGGUAAUAUUGCAAUAGAAGAGUUUGACUUAAAAUACUAUAGUACUAAAGAAUAUUAACUGCAACAUCAAACCAGGAGAAAAGGUGUGUUAAGCUGAAGGUAGUUGGGCUCAUUACAAUUUUUCCUUUCAUCCCCUCUUCCUUGUCUCAUUUUCCUUUUCCUCCUGCUUUGCCUCUUUUCCCUUCCUUCUUGUUUCUUUGUCUUCUCUUUUCUGGUAAGCAAGUUGUUUUUGCUUUAAUUUCAGAUUGGUAUUGUGGGUCGAACGGGGGCUGGCAAGUCCACGCUGACUUUGGCUUUGUUCCGUAUUCUUGAGAGAGCUGGAGGAAAGAUUGUUGUUGAUGGUAUUGAUAUUGCUACGAUUGGACUUCAGGAUCUGCGAUCACGACUUACCAUCAUUCCACAGGUAAUGACAUAGACAUGUGUAGAACCCCUAACCCCUAACUAAACUUUAUCCCUGUACUGGGGUCAUUUUGAUAAAACGUUUACAAGUUUAAUUCACGAGUGUGGCUACACUUGUUAAAGUUUUAUAAAUUAAUUGACUCCUAGUUUAAUUUUAAUUUCCUUUGUUUCAAACUUAUUACAUUACCAUACCCCAAACCAAGGGGAAAUAUAUAAUAACAUUUAAGCCAAAGAUAGAAUUAAAUAGCCUGUGUACAUUGGUCUCCGAACCACGGCACAUAGAGUUAAUACCCCUCACUCUAUUGAUAUGCACUUUUAUUCUAGUUUUCUUGCCCUGCACCCUUGUUUAAAUUAUGUUUUGUGCUCUUUCAAAGGACCCUGUUUUAUUCUCUGGAACUCUCCGUCUUAACCUGGAUCCAUUUGACCUUCAUACCGACGAGGAAUUGUGGAAAAUCCUGGAAAUAAGUCAUUUAAAGAACUUUGUGUCAGGACUGGAACAAGGUCUGCUCCACCCAGUUAGUGAAGGAGGAGAAAACUUAAGGUAAUCCUAAGGGUCUUGCUCCAAAAACUUCAUGCAUACAUUCUUUCUCUCUUCUUGGAAAGUUAAGUGGUAUUAAAGAUUAACGCAACGUUGAUAAGAAGGAAACUAGUUAAUUAUCAGAGCCUGUAUACAUCCACUCCCUCCCCUUGAAAACUGAAUAGGAGAUGGGGAGGUUGUGUCUCUUCCCGGAUGUACUCUGGAUAGUUAAUUAUUAUAAGGCUUGUAAUUUAUUACUUUGUUCCCUUACAGUGUUGGUCAGCGGCAGUUAGUAUGUUUAGCACGUGCGUUGCUUCGUAAAAGUAAAGUUCUUGUUCUUGAUGAAGCCACAGCCGCGGUGGACCUGGAAACUGAUGAACUCAUUCAACAAACGAUUCGGCGGGAGUUUGCUGACCGUACCGUGUUUACUAUCGCUCACAGGCUCAACACCAUCAUGGAUUAUACAAGGUACCAUUACUGCGCUGUUCGAUUUGAUGUUUAAAAUUUUCCCUUACAACCUAUUUGUGCUUUUUUCAUUUUUUCCUUUUUUUUUUUCCUGUAGAGUUAUGGUCCUUGACAAAGGUUUUAUGGUAGAGUUUGACACCCCACAAGCAUUACUUGCGCAGCAGGGAAUUUUCUACAGCAUGGCUUGUGACGCUGGUUUGGCCUAA